AUGCAGCAACAGUAUCGCGCCUUUGCUCAGCAAGCGCCCCAGAGGUCGCCACAUGCGACUGCCCGUCGGGGUGGCAUUGGUCCAAUGAUGUCUGCCGGGCCGCACCCAGCAGUACCACUAACACAGGCACAAAUGGCACAACAACAACAAGCCCAGGUGCAGGCGGCUGAGCUCGCAAAGCGACGCAGCCGCAAACCGACCGACAAAAACAUACCCGAUGGCAUCGAUGAUAGCAUUGUCAACCCAGAGAGCGCCCAGCGAUACAGAGACCUCAGAGAUAUCGAGCGCUUGCUUGAUGCAACCAUUACCCGCAAAAGGCUCGAUGUCCUUGACAAUACCCAGCACCCGACGAAGUUGACAAAAACUCUUCGCAUUUGGAUCACCAACACUGUGCAGGAUCAAGUCUGGCAGGGAAAUGGACCAACUUCUGACUCAUUCGACUUUUCGGGCGCUGCAGAGGCCUCUUACCGCGUGAAAAUCGAAGGCCGUCUUCUCGACGACGAGGACCAGAAUAAAUCAAAAGACCCCGCCACCGACCGUGUUAAGGAGGACAAUGACCACAUCAUGGAUGAAGGCCAGGUCAAAAAAGAGAAACUGAACGCUACUGCCGACAAACUGAAGCUUUCACAUUUCUUUAAAGCCAUGACUGUCGACUUUGAUCGUUCGCGCUUCCGCAACGGUGCUGAGCAGAGCGUUGAGUGGAAGAAGCCCGAUGCAGCAAUGCGACAGCCAAACGCGCCCAAUCUUCCUGCUGCCGCUGAUUUUGAUGAGAUAACAUUCAAGCGCAACGGCGAUGAAAAUGCAAACAUCACAAUCAACAUGUUUCGACAGGAAAUACCUGAGCGGUACCAAUUCAGCCCAGAACUCGCCGACGUUGUAGAUAUGAAAGAGGGCACACAGCAAGAAGCAGUCAUGGGACUUUGGGAAUACGUGAGGCAACGCGGCCUUCAAGAAGAUGAAGAAAAGCGCAACUUUCGCUGCGACGAAUUAUUGAAGCAGGUCGUGAGAGGCGAGGUUGGAUUUAUCCCGAUGCUCAACGAAUACGUGGCACAAAACCUGAGGCCUCUUCCGCCCAUUGCCCUGCCAUAUACCAUCCGUGUCGACGAAGACUUUCACAGAGACCCGCAGCCAACCAUCUACGAUAUACAAGUGACGACUGACGACCCGUUGAGAGCGAGCCUGCAGGAGCUGAUCAACAACCCUCAAUAUUUGGCCAUGCUCAAGGAUAUCAGCGGCCUCGAUGAACAACUUGCGCGCCUUGUACAAGCUGUAUCGGCCUCUAAGGCUAAGCACACGUUCAUGAAAUCACUGGGUGAUGAUCCCGCGACUUUCGUCAAGAACUGGCUAAGUUCGCAGAAGCGGGACUUGGAAGUCAUCAUGGGCGAAGGUUCCAACGGAGGUGACAAUGGCUAUGGCGACGAAUGGCGCAGGGGCGGGAGCAACAGCGUUUGGGCGACACAGACUGCAAGAGAAAGCGUCAAUGUACUCCUUUCUCGUCAACGUUAA